AAUUCUAGUUAAUUUUGAUUUUUUUCCCCCUACAGGUUUUUGUAGACAUGACAUUUGGUGGAGGUGGACAUACGCAAGAACUGAUUAAAUCUGCUCCAGGAAUCAAAGUUUAUGGUCUUGAUAGAGAUCCUUUUGCUUAUGAGCUUGCAGAGAAACUUAGUCUGCAUUACAGGGGUCAGCUGUGUCCGUUGCUUGGAAAGUUUAGUGAGGUUAAGGAUCUUCUUUCUGAGAAGGACAUCUCUGAUGUGGAUGGAAUACUGAUUGAUGCAGGAUGUUCAUCCCUUCAGUUUGACACUCCAGAGAGAGGAUUCUCUAUCAGUCAGGAUGGACCUCUUGAUAUGAGAAUGGAUGCAAACAGAAUCCCUUCACAACCUACUGCAGCUGAUGUUGUAAACUCAUUAGACCAUGCCACUCUCACUCAGAUAUUGCGCACAUACGGAGAAGAAUCAAAAGCCAAAAGAAUUGCUGAGGCAAUCAUAGACUACCGAGCAAACUUCAGAAUUUUUUCUUCUACUUCGGAACUUGCAACGGUGGUUGCAUGUUGUCACACCCAUAGGGAUGCAAAGAGCAAUCGAGACAAGCUUGGACGGCACGCACAUACCGCUACCAAGACCUUUCAAGCAUUGAGGAUAUUUGUGAACAAUGAGCUUAAUGAACUCGCUAUGGCAAUGGAGUCAGCAUGGGAUCUCUUAAAACCUGGUGGAAAAUUAGCUGUUCUGACCUUUCACUCAUUGGAAGACAGAGUUGUUAAGAGAUCGCUUCAGGGGAGACAUGUAUCUGAGAGAGGGAACUCAUUGCGUCAAAAGAGGAUGAUGGUGUCUUCUGCAGAUAGUGGUAUACAGAAGUGGGAAAUAGUCAAGAGAAAAGAACUGACUGCAGGCGAUGAAGAAAUCAGUUUGAACCCCAGAGCAAGAUCAGCUAAGCUCAGAACUGCCAUUAAGCUGUAACAUUUGUCCAUGAGUUAUUUUUCAUUAAUACUUGCUAAAAAUCAAUGUCUUUAUAUUUAGACAGCCCUUGGAACAGACUUAUGGAUUCAAUUUAGAUACUGUUGGUUUUCAUAGACUGAUUAGAUCAAUGCAGUAGUGCAAUGUGCAGUGAUACUAAAUGAUGUCAUUAUGAGCUACAUUAUAGGUCACAUUUAUAUGAUCAAGGCCCUUGUGAUAUUUGGGGAAGGAGAUAUCGGAAAAAAGUAUUCCUGUGUGCUUGAGCAAAUACACCCCUGAAAUGCACCUAGCCCUUGAAAACCAAGAAAGACCCAAUGAAAUUCCCAUAGUGUCCUAUGAAAUAAAAAAAAAGUUUUGGCAAAUGAUCUGAAAAUAUAACCCUCAAUAUUUUUUUUAUUUUAUUAAUUUUUGCUUGAGCCUUGAAGUGUAGAUGAUAUUGGAUGCUCUUGUUUCAUGGAAUGCUGGAAAUGUUCCACUGGUUAAAGGGCCUUUAAAAAGGCCAAUAUUUCCCUCUUAUCCAGUCCAGUGCAUUAUUGACCCAAGGAACUGGUAAUUUCACUAAUUUCAUUUCUUGCUAUAUUUUGAUUCUGUGGAAAUAAAGAAAGAGCAAAAAAAAAAUGUUCUGACAGAAAUGUUCAGUGGUAGACGAUAAAUUAUUCUGGUAAUAUUUACAUCCCUCAAAAACAAUCCUAGACACAAUGUUAUCAUAAAAAGUAUUUUAUUUAUUUAUUUUGAUAUCAUUGAACAGUUGUUGGGUCA